AUGUGGCGACGAACCUACCUUCUCCUCCUGCUGCUCCGUGUUUACUUCGCGCUGUCGCCAAGCUACCUUCACCCCGAUGAGAAUUUUCAGGGCCCCGAGGUCUUUGCCGGCCGCAUCUUUUCCUAUCCCUCUAGACUUCCUUGGGAAUUCACCUCCGACCGGCCCAUCCGCAGCAUUUUCCCAUUAUGGCCAACCUACGACCUACCGAUGAGCCUGCUGAAAUGGUUCUACAUGGAGAUUGGGUCAGGCAAUCCACCGCCACAGCUGGUAUACUACGUUCUGCGCGGGGGAAUGUUCCUGCUGAGCUUUGUGCUGGAGGACUGGGCCGUGUAUGAGCUGGUGCCGUCCCCGCGCUACCGUCGUGCGACAGUGGUCCUGGUUGCCUCGUCAUAUGUCACCUGGACAUAUCAGACGCACACUUUCUCCAACUCCCUCGAGACGCUGUUGGUGGCCUGGGGGCUGGUUCUGAUUCGUCGCAUUGUUGAGAGCAAGCAACGAUCGUCGUUCUUUUCGUAUGCCGUGCUCUCGUUUAUCACCGUCGCCGGGGUCUUUAAUCGCAUUACAUUCCCUGCCUUUCUCCUCUUCCCUGGGCUGCAAUUAGUCCCGUACUUUUUGCGCAGACCAACGUCCUUCGCGGCCUUUGUCGGCUUUGGCGCCCUCUUCGCUUCAAUAGCAAUAUACACCGACACGGCCUUCUACAGACCCUCCUCCUCCUUCCUUGAGAACAUCCGCAACCCAAUCAUCACCCCUUUAAAUAACAUCCUCUACAACACCGACGCAUCCAACCUCGCAGUCCAUGGCCUCCACCCACACCACCAACACUUCCUAGCAAACCUCUUCCAGCUCCUAGGCCCCGCCUACAUCGCCAUGAUUCUCUCCCUCUUCAGCUGGCCAAUCGUGCCAAGCUGGAUGCGCAACGCGCGCGCCCUCUCUGCCGUGUCAGCAACCUUCAUCCUCUCCAUCUUCCCCCACCAAGAACCGCGCUUCCUCCUGCCAUGCGUACCUCUCCUCCUAAGCUGCAUGCGAAUGCACCGUUCGCGAGUCUUCCUGACCGCAUGGAUAAUUUUCAACGCAUUCAUGGGCUUCCUAAUGGGCGUCUACCACCAAGGCGGGAUCGUUCCUGCCCAACUCGCAAUGCGCAGCAUCGUCGAGUCCAAUACCGCAGCACAAGGCAUUAAAUCCAUGCCCGACGCCAGCGUCUUCUGGUGGAAAACAUAUUCCCCGCCUCAGUGGCUGCUCGGUCCAGACAGCAAUACGACCCAAAUCGACACUUUCGAUCUGAUGGGCAUGCCGGGGCUAGAAUUGAUCCAGAUUUUAGACAAGGCCGUCCCACGCUGCGCCGUCACUUCACCGGUCUUCCUGGUCGCGCCCACGUCAGCUUCAUUCCUGGACGAAUACACCUCCCCCUCCACCCCCGCCACACCCCACACUCCAAACCUCCAACUCUACCGCCUCUGGACACACCGCAAACAUCUCAACCUGGAUGACCUCGACUUUGGCGACGACGGUGUUUUCCAGACUUUGAGCAGAGUGGUAGGCCGCCGCGGCCUGGGCGUGUGGUCUGUACGACGCGCGUGCAAGUGA